AUGAGUGGAUUACCGCAGUCAAAGCUAGGAACGAAGGCACAUUGGGACUCUAUGUACGAGUUGGAAGUAUCAAACUUCAAAGAAUUUAAAGACGAAGGAGAGAUAUGGUUUGGUGAAGAGUCUGAAGAACGAAUUGUUCAAUGGAUAGAAGAUUACGUUUCAAAUGAUCAAAAGCUAUCGGCAGACCAUGCUUACCGGGUUUUAGAUUUGGGGACGGGAAAUGGUCAUUUAAUUCUUCGUAUUGCUGAAGAGGCAGAUACUUUACUUCCACAGCCUUACGAAUUACUCGGUGUUGACUACAGUGAAAAAGGAGUAGAGCUUGCAAGACAGUUGGCAGAGGCACACGAGUUCCAAAACCAAGUCAAGUUUGAGCAGUAUGAUAUUGUAAAGGACUUGUGGCUCUGUGAUGGAACAUGGGAUCUUAUUCUAGAUAAAGGAACGUUUGAUGCCAUUUCCCUCAGCUCAGAUACCUUGGAUGGAAUCCCUCUCAAUCAAGUAUACGUGGAUCGUAUUCGUGACAUGCUGUCUCCUAGAGGAGUAUUUUUAAUUACUAGUUGUAAUUGGACCUUGGACGAAUUGUCUGAACGAUUCCUCAGUAAGGAAUUUCGCAUCCAUUCAACUGUUCCUGUCCCUGUCUUUGAGUUUCAAGGAAGCAAAGGUAGUUCAACAACAGUCGUCGCCUUUGAACUUGACAAUUAA